AAACAUUUUAGUGGAGUUGUCACUACCAGCCCGUUGUCCGUUUGUAGGUUUUGGCGCGGUUUUGUCCGGCGCGGAGGCAUACAGCCGCGCCGCGUACAUAUAUAGGAAGCGAGUCCGGCGGCCGGACCCCACCUACUGUGCGCAAGUCCGCAGAAAUCCAACAUGCUGCUGCGUUUAAACUUCACACGAAAUAACCCAAAGUUCAGCAGAUCCUUCUAGACUCCCCGCUUAUAAACGGAAGUCGGGUCGUAGUGGAUAUUUGGAGCGUUUCAUCGGUUCUUGCUCCUUUUUCUCUUGAGUAUUUCUUCCAUAAGGACGCCGGAGGCAGACAUGUUGCCGUGUUUCGCUCAGUCUCCGGACUGGUGUCCCUCGGACCCGCUGUUCUUCGACGAGGCGUUCUGCCAGAGUUUGCUGAAGGACCUCCAGUUGCUGCCGACGCCUCCAAAUUCCCCGCCAAUGAAAGGCGGGGUGGGCGGCACCAAGCCGCUGUCCAAUGAGGAUCAGCUGAGCUACGUGUCAGACAUCCUGCUGGAGGACCAGGACAUGCAGCUCGGCUGGAACUACGACUUCUUCCACGACGAGCCGGCUGGACAGAAGGGGACGGCCGUGGAGGCGGAGCGCACUCGGCCCGGGUCCUCUCUGGCGGAGAGCGCCGAGGACUUCCUUUGGAGGUGCCUGACGACAGAUAAGAGCAUGGAGGAGAAGCUGGUGUCCUCGGUGCUCAGCUCCAGCCCGCUGCUCUCUGACAUUGACACCAGCGUCUUCGAGGAGAUCGCUGGAUCCAUGCUGGACUGUCAGGAGCUGCUGGACACCCGCGAACCCAGUGAGUCCACGUCGGACUGUGGCUCCACUGGCGGUGAGCUGUCCACCUAUUCGUCCAGUGACUCAGAGGAGGAGAUCGAUGUGGUGACGGUGGUUCGUUGUCCCACCAGGCCGUCCCCUCUGCCCUCACUGGAUGACCUGCCAGCCUGUCGGAAGAAGGAUGAGGACCACUGCGCUCCCCAGCGCUCCUACUUUGACAUCCACCUCCAGCACAACUACGCUGCACCAUUUCCCACCUCUCCGCCGCUGUUGUCCUGCUCGUCCACGUCCUCCUCGUCCAGCAAGCGCUCGAGAGGCAGUGACAGCGCCUGGCGCAGGCACCACUCCACUCGCGGCUCUUGCUCAUCUUCUUCUUCUUCUUCUUCUUCUUCUUCUUCUUCUUCCUUUUCCUCACUGUACCAAACCCAUUCAUCUCGGCACUCGACGGAGACCGAGGACGAGGAGGAGCGGCGGCGGACGCACAACGUAAUGGAGCGGCAACGGCGCAGUGAGCUAAAGAACUGCUUCCUGCGCUUGCGCGACAACGUGCCUGAGCUGUCGCACAACGACAAGGCGUCCAAAGUAGUGAUUCUGAAGAAGGCUAGAGACUGCAUCCGCGGCCUGGAGGAGGACAGUCAGAGACUGUACGUCAAGCGGGACAGACUCCGGGCGAGGCAGAUGGAGCUGAAGUCACGACUCGAGUUCCUCCAUAGAUAAUGUCCAGCAGCAGCUGGGACUUAUAGGGUUUUGUUUUUGUUUGUUUAAAUCUUUUGAAAGACUCAUGCAAGAGCAUGGAUGAGACUUUGUACAGAAAAUGAGGGAUGGGCGGGGCUUAAAAGUCUACUUGCUGCAAAUGGACACUUCAAAGUCUAGACUGAGAUGUCUCCAAGGACAAAGUUCGCCACUGCCUCAGAUAAUCGCCGCACCUGCUGACUGUUAUUUUAAUGUCUUUAAGCGGACGCACGCUGAAUUAUUGUCCAAAUGCUGUUGGUCAAGAAACUCUCGAAUCCGUCUUCGGAAAGUGAGAUUCUUCCUGCAGAAAGUCGUUUGUCACGUCACUUUCACUUUGUUUCCAGUUUGGACUUUUUUUUUUUUACUAUUUAUUUCAGUGUGCGUUUAAGCUCAGGUUAACUUAUUUCUCUGCAUAAGGUUCAGUCCCUCAGAGCAGCGGGAUGCUCAUAUUAGCUGCUGCGCGCGUUAGCAUGUCAGUUUGUGUGCUUGAAUGUCAAUGUAACUCAUUAAGUCGUUCUAAGUGGUGCUGUUGGGUUUCCUUUGAGAUAAAAUAUUUGUGAGUUUGAAGACAUUUUAAAGUCCAGUCUUGACCGUGUGGGAUCCCGCUGACUGGAAUUAUUCAUCAACCCAAGCAUGCAUAAGUAGAAUUUGUUAAAGUUUAGUGAUCAGCUUCAGAAUUUUCCUCAUCACUGUCUGGCUUUGAUGUCAGAGGGAUGUGUUACCGCCCCCUAUCAGUUGGUGGUGGCGAUUGCAUGCUCGUGGACUGUUUUUUUCCCUCAUCUAAAAUAUUACUCUAAAAUAAUCAAGUACUUAAUCUACAGCCUGAAUAUUUAACAGUUAUUCUUAAAAGAUGGUUUAUUUAUCAAAGAAUGAAAACUUAAUUCCAGCUGGACUCUGUUUUUUUUUUUUUUUUUUUUUCUUUGUCUUCCUGAGUGACUUGCUGUUAGUUUUAAAAAUAGAAAAAAAAAAUCUGCAUUUAUGGGGAUGCGAGAUGAGAAUGGAUUUCAAAAUGAACAAAUUUCAGAAUCCAGAUCUGGACAGGAGUGAGCGCUCUGUGGCAUCACAUCACCGAGUCGUUAACUGAUGGGCAUUGAUGCUGUUAACGUCCGUCCCAUCCUCUGCUGCGGUAGUUUAAUUAAUAAAAAAGUGCUGUCCAGCAUGGUGGGUACGUUUCAUACAAAAAUCUGUCUUCAGUGAGGUUUUUUUUAUUAUUUUGGGUUCUGAUCUGAAGUUCUCGGUAAUCCGUCUCUAAUGUAAAACCCUGUUUUUAUUGUAAACAUUGUCUGAUAGUCAUUAAAUGCCCUAAUCUCAUCUUGUUCCAGACUUCUUUGCUCAUUUAGGAUUUAAAGAAAAGAAAAAUUAAUUUUUUUUUUUUUUUGACCAGAUCAUCUGUGAGCUUUUGUUUGACUUUUUUUUUUUCCCUCUUCUGUGAAAUAUUUGUGCAUCGAUUUUGAGGUUUUCAAUAUGGCCGACUUUAUCAUUUAUAUAAAUAUAUAUAUUUUUUAAUGGAAUUGAAACCUACCUCCAUGUGGCUGCGGUUUGGCCUGUGGCUUUAUUUUUUGUACAGGUUCUUUAUUAAAAAAUGUAAAUAUUUAUUGUAUUAUAAAUUAUUGUUUUUUUCUCCCCCCUCGGUUUGCAUUUGUAAAGUUAUUCUUUACCAAGCAGCACUUUUUAUUUUUAAUACCGAUGACCUAAUUAAAGGAAUUAAGCAGAGGA